AUGGAAAACACCUGGUCAGUCAGAAGACUGCGCCCGCGUGGUCCGGCCGCCGCAGCCGCAACUCCCGUCGCAGCGCCGGUUGAGCCAACACCGAGCAAGCCGCGCAAAGCGCCAGCGGCAAAGAAGAAGCCCACGGCCGCCAAGAAGGCUCCAGCUCCAAAGUCCAAGCCUAAGAAUAGUCGGACGAAGAAGGAGGAGAUCCAACCGCAAGAGGAAGAGCAGGAGCAAGCACAGGAUGUGAUUCCAGCCAGGGUUGAUAGCCAACGGCAAGAGAGGCCAGCACCACUUUCUACGCCUCGCUUGGUCUAUCCUGCCCCCCGCCUAAGCCCUCCAGUAACUCGCUCAACACCUCCUCUCCAAGGGCGUCCUCCGUUUGUCAACCUGUCCACUCGUCCGAGCACAGCCGGUCCCGCUGUUAAUUACGAGUCUCCGGCAGGGGAUGAUUGGUCUCUCCAAAUGAGUCCUGAGGCUUUACCCCCAUCACCUCCCCGCGGAAGCUCAUCGCACCACGAGUCUAGCAGCGCAACCCUGCAGGAUGAUACGCCCGUCCGGAGACCAGACUCGAGAUUCGGCGUGCAGCUGACAGUAGACACACCCGAGGCGUCCACCUUCAUAUGGGAACGACCUGUGGAUGAACGUCCGAGGCCGCAACGCCGGGAAAGACCCUUCGACGAAGCGCCCCCAAGGCUCAGACGUCCGCAACGGCCAACCUUUCUAGAGUCCACACCCAGGGUAGUGAGCCAGCCAGCCAUGGUCGAGCGGGAGGACGAAACACUCUACGGGUUGCCUCUCCACCGCGCGAAGAGAGUGAAGCGUUGUCUAUGCGGUCUAGUCUGGCUCUUCUUCAUGCUAUUAGUUGCUCUUGGGCUCUUGCUCGUCGUCGAGGACGCACACAGGUUUCGCAACCUCGAGGAUGGCGAGGUACUGUUACUGCCGGUACACCAACCCGUGCUCGACCUCUCGAAUGUGCUGAUGGACUUCUCCUCGGGGUCAGCUGGCACGGAUAAGCUUCUGAGGCGUAGCAACGCCUAUGUUGACAACAUAUGCCAGGGUCCUAAUAAGUGGGAAGAACUGCGCACAUACAAGAAGCCUAGUUCGGACAGCUGGGAGAUCCCAAGCAAAGCAAAGGCCAGGCAAAUUAACAUGACGAGUCUCUUCCUUUCGAGCGCGACUGACGACAGGGGGAUGCGGGCAGUGGUGAAGCUAUGCCAGGACGCCAAGGAGCUUACCCAGGCCUUAACUCGGGCGGGACCGACCAUCGGGACAGCGCAGAAAAUGGCUCUGCAGGAUACAGCCCGAGUAAUCGAGGAGAUCCAGACACGGCUCACCACGACGCCUCCUCAAGAUGCCGGUUUCUCGGACCUGAAAGGAAGUCUCCUCAGCUGGAUCCGGCCUGAGAUUGUAUCAAAUCACACGACGCUGUGGGAGGAACAACAAAAGGUCUUGAAUAACUACCUGCUGUCGUUCGACAAACUCGGCAAAGACGUCACAAAGGCAUUCGAGGAAGUUACAGUAGAAGAAGAGCCUGUGCCAAGAGCCGAGACUUACCAAGAUGAGAACCUGAUCGGAGGAUCUUCAAGGAAGAAGAAGAUCCCAAUCUGGAAGAGAUGGCUGCGACAUCCACUGGGGUCAUCUCUCGAGCUGGCCCAUCUGUUUAAGAACGAUGCUCUGGAUUUUCAUAAAUUAUCCGAGAGCAUUGCUGACAUUGAAACUCACAUGUCAGAAUCUUGCCAGAACCAGGACGCUAAGAAACGACCGGGGUGCCCGUACACCUGGGAUAGGUCAAAAGUUGAUCGCCCGACCCUGGACCUCGACUUCCACUCGUUAGAAUCUCGCGAUAAGGCUCGGAAGAUCGCCGGCGCCCUCGAUUGGAUCGAUCUAGAGCGCCAAGUUCUUCGAACCAUCUUGGACAGCGAGAGUUCCAAAGGUCCCGGGCUGCUAGAUGGAGAGUGCGAGGUUGUCCUGGACAGCACGAGAAAGGGCACAGGCGCCCUCAUCUCGACGAGAGGAUGGAUCCAUCCCGACCCCAUUUCAAACAGGGGCCAGGCGUAUUCAGCCCUCCCGAUAUGUGCCCCUACACGUGUGUUCUGGCCCAGUACCGAGAAGCACGACUGUAAGCUGCCCGGGAGUGAGGAUUACUGGCAUGAUGUAUUGAACAUGAUGGGCCAUACAUUCGGCCUGCCUUCUCGUUUCGACACCGAGGUAUCAUUCAUACGUGAUACAAAUGAGGACAGCAACAGUAAUCAACAGACACGAGAUAUCCUGUGGAGACACGACCUCAAGAUAUCGCAAAAGUCUUCUGUGUGGUGGAUCGUCAAGGACCAAGUGCCUCAUCCUACAAUCAAGCGACUGAGAACUUCUUUCUUUUGGGGCUCGUCUCCCCUGCGUGGCUUCCGUCUACCUAGUGUAGAGGAGCAGGAUAUUCGGUUAACGAAAGCUGUCUCGCGUAUACGCAUGUUCUUAUGGCAGUAUCUGUGA